UCUCAGUUCACUUGCUCUCUUGCUCACAGUCACUUCAUUCAGUCAGUUUUCUUGAACACUUGUGACUUGUGAGAAGUUAGUCAGUUUUCGGGUCUGCGUUAUGAUAAAUACGUUUUCCUUUGUUUUUCAUGUUCUAUUUUCUUGCAAAAAUGUUUUUUUAGGCAAAUGUCUGUGAUAGUUUUCUUUAUCAAAUUUCAGAGGACAUUUUUAAAAUGUUCGUAAUUUUUUUAUUUUUAUCUUCGUGACAUAAGUAGGACACCUUUCUAAUUUCUCCAGGAUAACAAUAAUAAUGAAGUCAGGAAUCUUUCAACGAACGUCAAAAAAACAACUUUCAAGGAUACUAUCAAUCUACUUCAUUAUCCUUUUUUCGAAGGACUGCUAUGCCGCCGAUUUAGUUAUUCAGAUUCCGAGCAAACUAAGUCAGGACAACAGCUCGUACCGACUGGACUACUCACCUCGUAUUGGAAACCCUCCUCCCAAUACGACAAUAUCUUCCCAUGACAUCGUUCGAGAUGUUAUCAACUUUUCCGAUGGACUUCCCGGCACUAAGUACGAGUUCUAUCUUUAUUAUUCCAAUUCCAGUCUCCAUGAUUGGUUGACGUGGACUGCUUCAAUCAUAACUGAUCCGGACCCUCCUUCCAAUUUGACAGUGAAUGUGCGAGUCGGUAAAACGGCUCAAGUAACAUGGAAUCCACCUGCUCUAGGCCACUACACUGGCUUCAAAAUGAAGGUUUUACCUUUGGUUGAACAAAAUGUGGAACCGAGGACAAUCAUGCUCCCCGACAAUGCCAGUCCAUACACUUUGAGAGACCUGACACCGGGAGGAACUUACCAAGUGCAGCUUUUUACAGUUUAUGAUAACAAGGAAAGUGCUGUCUAUGUCUCCCGAAAUUUCACAACAAAGCCCAACACCCCUGGCAAAUUUAUAGUGUGGUUCAGAAAUGAAACGACGCUUCUAGUAUUGUGGCAGCCUUCGUAUCCAGCUAACAUCUACACUCACUACAAAGUGUCUAUAGAUCCAGAGGAUGCACCAGAAAGUGUUCUCUAUGUGGAGAAAGAUGGUGACCCGCCCGGUCCGGCGCAAGCAGCUUUCAAAGGACUCGUUCCCGGUCGUGCCUAUAAUAUAUCUGUGCAGACAGUGAGUGACCUUGAAACGUCCUUCCCAACCAAGGCUCAGUACCGCACUAUUCCACUGAGGCCAUUCUCUUUUUCAGUUGACAAAAAUUCUGUCACGUCGAAUAGUUUCAAAGUGACUUGGGAGCCACCAAAAGGCUUGAGCGAGUUCGAUAAGUACCAGAUAAUGAUCAACAUCAGAAGACAAGGGCCGCCAGUGCCUGUGUUCAGGAAUCGCGACGAACCGACUGAGUGGGAGUUUCGUGAAAAUUUGGAGGCCGGCCGCACGUAUCAGGUGUUGGCCAAGACUGUCUCUGGAAAAGUGACCAGUUGGCCUGCUACUGUCAAUGUUACCCUUAAACCGUUACCUGUUCGUGAGUUGCAAUCGGUUAUCGAUGAGCACACUGGAGAUGUGACAGUCACGUGGGUGCCGGACAAUGCCAGCUAUCAAGAAAUUUACAAGGUAAGCUACGCUGAGGUGGAAAUUCUGAAUGGAGACAGUUACUCGAUGUUCACACAAGAAUCGAGCCAGGUUCUGAAAUCUCUUCUGUCUGGUAGGAAUUAUUCUAUAACUGUACAGGCUGUAUCAAAUCAAGUUGAGAGCAAUGAAUCCACCAUCUACCAAGCUACAAAACCAUCAUCACCAAUAAUUGAAGAUCUGAAACCAAUCGAGCAUGGACUCAACAUUUCUUGGAAGUCUGAUGUUAACUCACGUCAAGAUAAGUUUGAAGUUGUCUACAUUAGGAAUGAUACAGGAAGUUCUGAAGCUGUGACUACAAUGACCACGGACUACAAGCUGACUCUGUCCAACCUCUACCCGGGCGCAGGCUACCAAAUCAAGGUGUUCGCCAUCAGCCAUGGGCUGCGCAGCGAACCGCAUGACUACUUCCAAGCUGUCUUUCCAAAUCCCCCUAAGAAUCUGACUAUAGAGAAGGUGACUAGUAACUCAGUGGUAGUGCGGUGGAAUGAGCCAGAGGACACAGUAUUUUCCGAAUAUUCUAUAAGAUACCGCACUGAGGACGAUGAGACAUGGGUGAAAUUGCCUUCAGUGAGAGGCUCGACCGAGGCUGAAGUAGCAGAUAUGACACCUGGCGAAAAGUACAUGAUUCAAGUGAAUACUGUGAGCUUUAAUGUGGAAAGCAACCACCCUCAACAGGUCAAUCAUACAGUCAGGCCGAAUCCAGUGACUAGCAUAGCUCCGUUGAUUGACUCGACAAACGUGACGCUGGAAUUCCCCAGGCCAGAGGGACGCAUCGAGUGGUUUGUAAUAACGUGGGCAGAGCUCGGAGUCGAAGAGGACAAUGUGAAAACGAAGAAUAUGUCCGGAGGAAGCACCAUCGGUGAGGAAGGCAGGUCUGUGCGCGCCCUUGUCGAGGACCUCAUGCCGGGAGUCAAGUACCGAUUCGAGAUUCACACCACAUCCUACCACCUGGACAGCGAUAUCACGUCGCUCACUGCUAGAACCAUGCCGCUGAUCACGUCAGAAGUGCUGGUGGUGAACAACCAGCAGGCGACCGACUCGGUGACUUUGCGCUACACGCCGACCCCGCAGACGGCCUCGCACUUUGACCUGUAUCGAUUCUCGCUGUCGGACGCCAACACCCCCGUCAAGGAGAAGCUGGCCAAUGACACCGAGUGGAAGGUCACCUUCCACCGCCUCACGCCCGGCCACCUCUACAACAUCACCGUCUGGACGGUCGCUGACGGUGUCGCCAGUCAGCCGCUCCAGCGACAGGAUCGCCUCUAUCCCGAACCAAUUACUGUGAUUAAUGCUACUCAAAUACUGGAUACUAGCAUAACAUUGACAUGGGAUACUCCAAAUGGAGAAUAUAAUGCAUUUGAGGUGCAAUAUUUGAAUGCAGAAGGUAUUUUGAUACAAAAUCUGACAUUGCAUGACACGAUCACCAUAGACGAGCUGAAGCCGCAUCACAACUACACAUUCACAGUGAUUGUGCGCUCCGGCACAGAGUCUUCCAUCCUGAGGCGGUCGCUGCCUGUCUCUGCUAUUUUCAAAACACAAGAAUCGGUUCCUGGAAAGGUUGAGAAAUUCCACCCAGUCGACAUCCAACCUGGAGAUAUAUCCUUCCAAUGGAUAUUGCCCAGCAAUGAACACAAUGGAGUCAUUCGUAAAUUCACUAUAACUUAUGGUUUAGAGGGAUCUUCUCAUACCCAACAAAAAGACUUCAAACCAUGGGAAUUCAAUGGAGUGAUCAAGAAUCUCAUUCCGGGGAAAAACUAUCUAUUCCGCAUUCAGGCUGAGACAAGAAUUGGAUAUGGACCCGAAGCUUUAUGGAAGCAGAAAAUGCCCAUAUUAGCGCCACCAAAGCCAAGCUCCCAAGUUGUUCCAACGGAAGUUUGUCGAACCUCAACCACCAUCCAGAUACGAUUCAGGAAGAACUACUUCUCUGAACAGAAUGGAGCUAUAACUGGUUAUACAGUAAUAAUAGCCGAGGAUGACACAAAGAAUGCAUCCGGUCUUGAAAUGCCCAGCUGGAGGGAUGUUCAAGCGUACAGUGUCUGGCCUCCGUAUCAGGUAAUGGAGCCUUAUCUUCCUUUCAAAAACUCAUCGGUGGAAGAUUUCACGAUUGGGGAAGAGACUUGCGAGGGAAGAGCAGCCGGCUACUGCAACGGCCCACUCAAGAGCGGCUCCACCUACAAAGUCAAAAUUCGUGCAUUCACCAACGCCGACAAAUUCACAGACACGCACUACUCAUUCCCCAUACAAACCGACCAAGAUAACACGACAUUCAUGAUAGGCAUGGCAGUGCCGAUUACUCUCCUUCUCCUAUCACUGGUGAUAUUCUUGGCAGUGUGCAAACGCCGGCAUGCAGCUAAUAAAAAUACAACCGAAAACAGAGCCAGCGACACUCUCUCCUUGCCGGACAGUGUCAUCGAAACAAGUCGGCCGAUACUGCUGGACAAGUUCGCCGAGCACUACCGUAUAAUGUCGGCGGACUCUGAUUUCCGGUUCUCGGAGGAGUUCGAGGAGCUAAAGCACGUGGGCCGCGAGCAGCCGUGCUCGGCCGCCGACCUGCCCUGCAACCGCCCUAAGAACCGGUUCACCAACAUCCUGCCCUACGACCACUCGCGCUUCAAGCUCCAGCCGGUCGACGACGAGGAGGGCUCCGACUACAUCAACGCCAACUAUGUGCCUGGCUUCAACUCGCCGCGCGAGUUCAUAGUGACGCAGGGCCCACUGCACUCGACGCAUGACGACUUCUGGCGCAUGUGCUGGGAGAGCAACUCGCGCGCCAUCGUCAUGCUGACUCGCUGCAUCGAGAAGGGCCGUGAGAAGUGCGACCACUACUGGCCCUUCGACACCCUGCCCGUCUACUACGGCGACAUCUGCGUCACCAUGCUCAACGACAGCCACUAUCCCGACUGGACCAUCACCGAGUUCAUCAUGUGUCGGGGUGACCAGCAGCGCGUGAUUCGUCACCUGCACUUCACGACGUGGCCGGACUUUGGCGUGCCCAGUCCGCCGCAGACGCUUGUGCGAUUUGUGCGCGCAUUCCGGGAACGCGUCGGCCCCGAUCAGAGGCCCAUCGUUGUUCAUUGCAGUGCGGGUGUGGGCAGAUCGGGCACGUUCAUAGCGCUGGACCGGAUCGUGCAGCAGAUCAACCACUGUGACCAGGUGGACAUCUUUGGCAUCGUGUAUGCCAUGCGCAAGGAGCGAGUGUGGAUGGUGCAGACCGAACAACAGUACAUCUGCAUCCACCAGUGCCUGCUCGCCGUGCUCGAGGGCAACGAGCUGCAAGGCCCGCCGCCCCGCGAGAUACACCACAACCAAGGCUUUGAAGUGGUUGUAGGUAAGACGAAGACUGAGGACGCUGAGUCGCUGGGUGACGGUGACGAGGUGUCACUGAGUGGUGGGGGCGUGGCUCCCAUCACUGACUUGACGGUGGCAGACGAAAAGCACAGGUGACGGGAUGAUGAAGGAAUUGCUGAGUCUGGAAUGUGAUCAGCAUCGACUUAUCAGGCUUCCAUCAAUAUGAAUAAUCUUCUCAAGUCAGUGAUAGUAGCCUUGAAUCAUGUAUAUAGCUAUUCUAUAUACAGUGGUACUAUAAUGUUGCUAUUUGGCUAGAUUUGAUUAUCGUGCUGUAAGAUUUUGGCAUUUUUACCAGCUUUUGGUGCAAUAACAAGAAUUUCAUUAUCAAAGUGCUAAUCAUAUAUAGUAUUUAUUUAUGAGAUAGUUAUUUAGUAUUAUAUUCUAGUUGCUCAGCAUUCUAUAUGAUUUUCUUAUGCGUAUAUCCAUAAAGACCAAGCUAAUUAAUUGCAUUAUAUAGUAUCUACAUAUUUUGUUGGUUUAAACGAAAAAACGCUUUACCAGGUAUUUAUCUGAAUACAUGAGAUCAUCUUCUGAUUAUUGAUGAAAACAUUUACCUCAUCACUCUUGAAUCUUCUUUUUCAAAACUGGUACUUGAAACUAAACAAGAUACUUGAAAUUAAACAUGGAAAAUUGUCCAAACUUUUUGACUUUUUUUAAUUCAAAGAUUUUGCGAUAAUUGAUCAUUUUGAAUCCAAGUAUUUUUUAGUUUCAACUGUACUAAGUUAUGAUUGUUACAGUUUUUGUAUUACUCAUUUCUCAUUCCUGAAUCUCAGUAUUAGAACUUGAAUUUCAAGCUAUACAGUUUUUUUGUACUAUUUAUAGGUGUAGGCUUUUUAAAUAAUUAUAGUAAAUAUUCACGUAAUUCAUGCAGCUAAUUUGUAGCUAACCAUAGCUAGUAACACAUUUAUUUUUCUCAUGCGGAAAUUCAUUAUAAUUUUUAUAAUGAAGCACUUCGAAUCAUUCAUUUAAAUGUAUACACAUGCUUUGCAUAUCCAGAUCAAUUCAAACUGAUUCAACUAUGUAAUAAUAUUUUUAUUGCACUGUAGAUGAAGAAAGAAAACCCUUAUCGAAUAUUAUUUAUGAUUUCGGUAAUUUCUUCUGAUUGGACAUCUGUUAAAGCUGCUAACAGAAUGUAUUCUUUAUAACUUAGAACUUGUCUUAUAUUCCAUAACUGGAGUCCUUAGGACGUAACCAGAGUAAAUUGUAAAAUUUGGAGAAAUAUUCUCACCAGCAAUAAAUAUAAAGCAGCUAUCCAGACUGAUAGUUUUUUAUCUCCUAUUAAAUUAUACCAAUGGACAAUGUAAAUAUGUAAUUCACAUAAUACAUAAUUGAAUAAGCUCUGGUUCACUCGAAUUCCGAAUCACUUUUGAAAAGGUUGGCUUACAAUUCAAAAAUUAAAAAAAAUAAUAAUAAACUCGAUUUUUUUUAAUAUACACCAAUGUUUUUAUCUAGAGAGCAUUGAAUAAGUAAUUCAAUUUUUAUAUUAUUGACUUUGCUUUUAAUGUCAAAUGGGGUGUUAUUUUCAACCCACUGUGACAAUAAUCAUUCCAAUUAGUUGGCAUUUUUAAUCACUGAACAGAAACAACAAAACCAUUUUUCUUACUCAACAUUCUUUGGAUUGAAAACAGUAAUUUGAAAUUGUCAACCACUUUUUAUACGGAUUCACUAAUUCACGGAUACACUAAUUCUUUGGAUUUUUGCUUCAUUCACAUAGUUUUUCAAACUAAAUCAUGAAUUUUAUGAAAAUGUUACCAGUUACUAAAUCGUUAUUACUCUAUAAAAUUUUGUAGAAAAUUAUUUGAUCUAGCUUAUAUUUUAAUUAAUUAAUGUAUUGAUAUUGAAUGUCAAUUAUUAUCGAAACCGUUUUAGAAUUGUCAAUGAAAUAAGUAAAUAGAUUAUAAGUGGCUACUCCAAUUCACCAUUGGGCCUUAUAGAAAUGUAAAAAUGUUGUACUGUAUUAUGUUGGAUGAUAGAUGCUUUUAAAAAUUAGUUUUAAGAACAUUUUGAUAUUUUUUCUAUUAUUAUUAUUAAAUUACUAAUAUAAUACUUGUCAAUUACUUUAUUUGUCAUGAAUGGUAUUUUGUCUUUUAAAAAACUUUCCAUUUCAAUAUUCUAAAAUAAUCAUGAUGUUUCUUCAACGUCGUAUGUAGACGGUGAAUUUUCUUGGUUAAUCUUUUCUAUUGAACCGAAUUGUUUUAAAGAGAUUAAUUUUCAGUGCCUUACGAAUCUCCUUUGUUGAAUCUCAUACGUAAUUAUUUUUAAUUUAUAUGUUAAUCACACCAUCAUGUAUGUUUCAAUGAGCUUCCAAGUAAUCGACAUCGUUAUGAUAAUCUAUAAUAAUAAUAAUAAUAAUAAUUAUUAUUAUAUUAACGUAGUUUAAUAUUCUAUCUAUUAAUAUUAUAUUUGUUUAGAUUUAUAUUUAUAUAUGGCUCAAGUGAAUUUUUCAACUCCUUACAUUUUUUAUAUAACCGGAAAUGUCAGUCAUUUUUUAUUUAUGACUACCACACUUUAGAAAGGAAAUUUAUUUGGAUUUAAAGUCUUCUCCUUUAAGGUAUGCGCACACCGAUGCGUACAAAUUCGUUGCGGAAUUUUCAAAAGUUCAGACCGGUUUCCAAACAAAGAUUUCGUUGCGAAAUAUUGGGGCACGCACGGUAUAUGGUAUUAAAUUUCCGCACGGCAAGUUCUGCGAAUUGAAUUCGCACCGUAACUAACUAAACUUUCGCGUUGUUGUGCGCCUGGUAUUAUUGAGAAUACUGAUUUGCUCUAUUGAUUUAUUAUUUCUGAAAUCUGCCUAUAAUAUAGGUACUCAAAGUUUUUAGAUAUUAGAUUUUUUAUUUCUUAUAGGUACGGUACUGUAUUAUAUUAAUAUUAAAGAAGGGCUGUAGUUAAUAGUUUUUCAAUGUCAAAAUUGAUGAUCAAACAUGCAUGAGCCUUAAAUCUGUUGUUAUUGCUCUUUGAUCUAGUUUCUAUUAUCUAUUGAGGGUUGAAAGUUGAAUGACCUGUACUCUAGCUUCUUCCCGAAACAAAAAUAUAGUAUAUUUUUAUCAAAAACAUCGUAUAUUUUUAUCAAAUCCAAUUAUUCAUAUAAUAUUGAAAUCUGAGUAUAUUUUCUGAAUACAUUGUACUGGUACAUUUUAAGAAGAAUGUUCGAGAAAUAAAUGCAAUUUAAAAAUUA